AUGUUUUCAGUUGAUUCGGGCCAAAGUAUCUCACCGGUUGGACCAAUACCAAUCAUUGGUUCGAGCUGCCGCCAAACAAUGUCAUCGAGCGCGCCGACGAGCAGCUUGGACAUGGAGACGCUCGUACGAAAUGUGAACCAGGAUAUGGGCAAUGAGCCGGAUUUUUAUCGGGAUAGGAGGAAGAAGGAUAUUCACAAUAUGAUUGAGCGCCGAAGGCGAUAUAAUAUCAACGAUCGCAUCAAGGAACUGGGACUUAUGCUUCCCAAGAGUUCUUCCGAGCAACAUCGUGUUCGUUUUAGAGAAAUAAAAUUAAACAAAGGGACUAUCCUGAAAGCCUCAUGCGACUACAUCCGGCAGCUCCAGAAGGAUCGGGAAACGAUGCUGCGUCAGCAGCAAUACCAGGCGCAGCUGGAGCACGCAGCUCGCCUGUAUGUUGACCGUGUUAAGGAAUUGGAAGAACAUUUACGAAAAAAUGGUUUGGCGGUGCCACCAGCAGCGGUAACCUUACCACCGAUACCGUUCACAUGCUUCCUGAGCGAUGGCCGAUCCGUAAAGCAGGAACCAUUUGACGAAAUACGUCCUUCACCCUCUCAUACGCCAUCAAAUUGCAUUAAUUCUGGAUUUUUAUCACAAUUAACUGACACAACAGCAGCGAUGGCAAUCAACAGUCCGGUGCCCAGCCUGAAUAAUCAGGACGGCAGUAACUUUUUGAAUGUCGGUAGCUUCAGCCCAACAGAGCAUCAGUUUCCAUCAGCUACUUUUGGGCACGGAACAGCUGCUGCGUCGCUGAACUCACAACAGCAAGGGUUUCCGGAUUUGAUAAUAGAUGAUCUGAAUGCAAUGCAUCCCAUUUUGCAGGGUGAUCCGAUGAUAUCGGCAGCGGGGAGUGGACCAUCGCCAUCAUCUCAUUUGAGUAACCAACUUUCUCCAGACAUUCAGUGGGAUCAAGCAAACUUUUCCCCGGAUAACCAGUCUUCUGGUGCUAGCGCUUAUCAGCAGCAGAACAAUAUGGAUUUCACAUAA